AAGACCCUGCAGAAUUAGAUACAGUAUCAACAGUCCGCCUCUACACUCCAUCACACAAACUCCAAAGCCUGAGAAUGAGUCCCGGCCGGAUCCGGCGAGCCAUGACCGCCGUCCUGCUGAUAUCUCUGACAGGGGUGCUGUUUCACAUUAACCUCAUGCAGGACAGGGUCAGUCACCUCGAGCAGCGGUUCUCACAGCUCUAUGGUACGGAGCAUGGAGAUGAGAAGGAAUAUCUAAGGGCAGAUAGAACGGCAGAUUCUACAGAACACGAGAACCUAAGGGCAGAUUCUAUAGAACACGAGAACCUAAGGGCAGAUUCUAUAGAACACGAACAUAGAAGGGCAGAUUCUAUAGAACACGAGAAUCGAAGGGCAGAUUCUAUAGAACACGAGAACCGAAGGGCAGAUUCUAUAGAACACGAGAAUCGAAGGGCAGAUUCUAUAGAACACGAGAACCGAAGGGCAGAUUCUAUAGAACAUGAGAACCGAAAGGCAGAUUCUAUAGAACAUGAGCAUAGAAGGACAGACUCUAUAGAACAUGAGCAUCGAAUGGCAGAUUCCAUAGAACACGAGCGUCGAGGUAACAAGAGCGCGAAGGUUGGAGAGUCUCAACACGGACCUGACACUGAUAAAGGAUCUGAGACUGUUGCAGACAUCAACCCGCACCCGUAUUCCUUUCUUAUAAACAAUCCCGGCAAGUGCGAGAAUCAGGACGUAUUUCUGCUCAUCAUGGUCACGUCAGCCGCCGGGAACACCAGACAGAGGAGCGACGUGCGUAAAACCUGGGGCAAGGAGACCAACAUGCCGGGAGUUAACAUCAAGACCGUCUUCGCUAUAGGCAAAGCGGGCGAUAUCACUCACCAAACAGCUCUGGCAGAAGAGAACAAAGCACACAGAGACAUUCUGCAGGAAGACUUUGCUGACACGCCCCGGAACUCCAGUCUGAAGACGGUCAUGUGCCUGAGGUGGGCGUCUCAGUUCUGUGGUAACGCCGAGUUCGUGCUCAAAGCAGAAGACGACACUUUUGUGAACCUGAUUCCCCUCGUAAACCAUCUGCGGGAUCUACAUGCAGGCAACACUACCCGUCUGAUCAUGGGUUACACCUACAGCGGGACCAAACCUCUCCGGGAUCCGUUUUUCAUCCCGAAAUGGUACGUCAGUGAACAAGAGUACGCCAGAGACACGUAUCCCACAUACCCCGGCGGGUUUGCUUACGUCAUGUCGAACGAUGUUCUAAGACCUCUGUAUGAGGUGUCGUUCAAGGUCAAGUACCUUUCCUUAGAGGACGUCUUCUUGGGACUCUGUGCGGAGAAGUUAGGAAUAGAGCUGACUCAUCAUACCGGGUUUUAUCCUAUAUUUGUUGACGUGAAGUACUGUGGUCUGGACUGGUUACUGGCCAGUCGUGGGGUGUCAGAGCAGGGUCUGAUGUGGAAGUUUUGGCUCGUUAUAAACGCGUGUCGUCCGAGAGUGUAG